UAGAACUUGAUUCGUGUUUUUGGCAGACCCAAGUAAUAGAAAAGCGUGGAUAUAUUUCUAUCAAGUUUCGUUGUUUUAUUCUACAGGAGAGGCGCUAUUUUAUGAAUUCAAAAGACCUCAUCCACAAAAAACAACAAAAAACAGUAAGUCAAGUAAAUUUAAAUGUCAAUUUUAAAACUAAAUUUCACAAAUAUUUCUAUGCAGAGUUGUUUUUGUUUUUUUUUGUUUUUUUGUGUAACCGGGCUAUUCCUGAUGUUUUACGUGACGCGAAAUAAAUGUUUUAGUUAAAUGAUGUUGUAAUUGUUUGACAUCCUUCUUUCAGGAUUGUACAAUUAAAUCACUUUAGAUUGAAGAUAGUCCAAGUCAAAUAAUUUACAUCGUAAAAUGAUAAAUUCUACAAGAUAAUUAGAGUGUGCCCUGCAACUAUAAAGACUGCCAUAUCAUGUUCAUAUUUAAACUAAGACAUUAGAAUGAUGUAUUCGAUGUCGCUGUGGUAGAUAAUUUUCGAUUCCGUGGAACAAUUUCAUGAUUACGGUAACUUACGUAACGUUAGCAAUCCCGUCGCAUGUUUUAGAGAUACCGAACAACUGGCCCUGCAAAUUAAUUACGUAAGGUUUAUUUUUAACAUGAAAAAUAAAUAAAUAUCAGUUGAUAUAAUCAUGAGUUGUGAUUAAGGCUGUGAUAGAUUGGAUCAGUCAGAGAUAAUUAAUUAACACAUGUAAUAUGUAAAAUGCAUUAUAAGUAAGGUCAGUCAUUACUAUGAGGCAUUAGUUAUUAUAGCGCUACAUAGGCUAGUUUGUGAAUGAUCGAGUCAGUCAAUGGUAAUUAACACAUGUGUAAUACCGUUAAUAAUACGGUAUGAUAAGUAGGGUCAGUCAUUCGUUAUUAACAUAGGGCUGUCGGCUAGUUUAUGAUAGAUAGUCAGUCGUAGUAAUUAACAGAGGCCUAGUGUAUGAUAGAUAGGGUCGGUCAUUAGUUAUUGACAUAGGGCUGCCAGCUGAUACAUAAGCCAAUAUGUAGUAAUUAACACAGGGCAUUAUCCGCAUGUUGUAUCAGGCUGACUUGGUGUUCCUGGUGAUAGUCUUUAUUAAUAUAUUUUAUAACUGACUUAGAAUACCAUUUUCAUAUCAUUCAUAAAUAAAUUUGAAAACACCCGACUUUGUAUGUUUAUAGUAGAAGAAGCCUUAACGUGAGACAUAUCUUAAGCCAACUAGGCCUUCACCAAAGCUAACUGCUUACAGAUUAUUUUGAUAACUACCGGUACAUCGGUGUACUCCUUGGUGUAAAUCCAUUUUUUCCCCAUAGAAAUCCUGCGUGGGAAAGGGAUAAUAAAGAUAACACUAUUUAACAGGUACCUUUGAACUCAGGCGAAUUCGUAUUUUUUUUAUUAGAAGUAGCUUUAACGUUAGACGGAUAAGAUAAUUAGUACCUCACCAAAGUCAACUUUUUACAUAUUAUUUUGAUAGCUACAUGAUUUUCUCCUUGGUGUAAAUAAAAGACAAACUUUGCUUCAAUGGAAUCCUUGCAGGGAAAGGCAUAGUAGGCAGUGCUGGCAUCCCACCGUUACUUAAAAUUAAAAACGUAGGAUAUAGCCGACUGGCCGUUGACUUAUCCGAAUAUUUAAUUCUGGGUCGUAAUCCUAGUUUGUCUAUACAACACCACCCUCAUAGAAACGCUUCCUAGAAAUUAGGGACGCCACCUAUGGUGGUAUAAGUAAGUAUGAAUAUGGUUAUCAGUGGCCAGGGACCUAAUGCCCCGGCUAUUUAUGCCACAUUUAUAAAGUAGUUUUUUUUGUUUUUUUUACAUUUAUUUUGUAUUUAAAGAAGUAGACUACCAUCUAAAAGUAAAAGCAAAUGUUUAUUCAAAUAGUGAAAUGGAUAAUACAUUUCUAGAAUCUAGAACUAUUGUGCGAUCUAUCAGCAAUUCAUUGAGCCGUAGCUUUAUACUUUUACUUUUAGCCAUUGGCAUACUCAUACUCUCUUGGUGGAUACCCUGUGACUGUAUAGCUACUCAACCUCAAAGUGAUGUCCUGCGGUCCGGCACCAUUCCCCAAGGAGGCAUCGAAAACUAAUAAUUUGGUCCCUGUUGCAAUAUGCAAAAUUUCCCCCGGUCCAUUAUACUAUACUCAGAAGGUUUGAGAUGUAGGCUACUGGUCGAUAAUAACCAGUUUAACCAUGAUGAAUGAUGACUAAAAAAGUCAUUAAAAGUUUCAUACUUCUGGUUGUUAUUUAUAAGCUUAACUAUGAGAAACAAGAGUAGCUAAACUUCUGACCUAAUAGAAAUGUAAAAUGAAGAAUUUAAAAAAAUUAAGAUUUGAUGUUCUUUCCUAUCAGUAUCACUAGAAAAAGUAAAGAUCAUAUUAAAAAAUAAUCAGUUCGUCACAAGUUUGAAAUGGGUCAAGUUCCUCGCUCAAUGCGCAGACGGAUAUCCGGACAUUUUACAGCUAUGCCUGCGAGCAAUAUCACUACGCGUAAUAAUUUAAAAUAGCUGUAUUAGCAUGUUUGGCCAAGAAAAUUAAUUAAAUUUAUCUAUAAAGUAAAUUCAUACUAUUAUAAACUGUAUAUAUGAUUAAAUUGACAUUUAAAGCAAAUUUCAAAUAUUUAAAAUCAUUUUUAAUAUCCUUAGAACUACUUUCAAACUGCCUUGCUGGAAGGCGCCGCCAUAGUUUACUGUGGCUGGUUGACGAGAGGACUAACAAAAUGUGAUCAGUGAAAAAACAACACACUUUAGUUUCUAUGUGAUUUCUUUGGAUUAUAUUAUUGUUAUUCUCAAUUGGGAUACACAAUUACAAUUUGAAUCACUCUCUUGAUUCAAUUCAAUUACAAAUGGAUUGGACUGAAAGAACAAAAUAUUAUGGUCUGUGUUCAAUCUAUUUUCAGCUUAUCCGACAGCCUGCACCGUCAUCUUGUAUAGGCCAAGGCCUAGAUAUUUGUAAUAAGACUGAACUGAUGGAAUAAAAAUUGAGAUAUAAUACCCUUAUUGCGACUUCUAGUUAUGAUACGAAUUAGGUCUUUAAUCCUAGGAACUUAUAUUUUCAGUGAUAAUAGGAAGUCAUGUUUACUUUGACAUUUUCAAAAUAGUAUUUUUAAUAACUUGUGUAAUUUACGGCUUUUGCCGGUCACCGCCUGCCUUUCACCAACAUCAGGUUGAAACUGAAGCUAAUUGUUCGCUUUGAUGAAUGUCGUUUUACGGAUCAACGGAAGAUUUAACACGGCAGAGAUCUAACCGAGUUUACAAUGAAUAAAUCUUAUGUGAAAAAGGCUGUGAAUGGCGAUGUACCAGAUGAACGAAAGAAAUCUCCAUUACGUUCUAAACGUCAGCCUGUCAAUUAUCUCGACCAUAGUCAGGAUGUGGACGUGGGAUUUAAAGGAAAAAAACCAGAAAAAGCUAAAAUAACCGAGGUGAUUGUUGACAAAAGUAAGAAGCAGCUUGUCAAUGAACAAUUAAAUGAGCUGCCAAGCUCACUGUUUCGUCAGACUCGAAACACUACAUCUUCUAGAAGGUGUAUUUCAGACAGCAUUUCUGUUAGUGCAGAUAACUCUGAGCUGGAAUUACAUUCUGGUAAAAAACAAACAGGAAAAUCAACUUUUAAGUUAACCCCCUUGGUUAACACAUCAAUUCCAGCUAAAACAAGUGAUUCAUCCAUUCCUACAUGUAUUGAAGACGUUUCACAGAAUAUAACUGACAAAGAUUUAAGAAUAGGUACUGGAAAUAAAUCCAGUUCAAAUUUGGAUACUAACUCAUCUGGAAAAUCUGGCAAAAAAAUUCACAAUUCUAGAUCGCCUAGAAGAAAAAUUGAAUCAUCCAAAAGAACUAUGCAAAAUAAUAAAAGUGAGGUGCAGGCAGAAACUAGUAAAGAUGCCUCUUGUUUACGGGAAAACAAUGAGGCAUUGUCCAUUUUACCAGUAUCAGAAUCUGUGGUCAAUAAUGGAACUGAUUGUAGUAUUAGAACUCCCUCUCAAAUAAAGUUAGAAAAUAAAUCAGUUGUGAAUAAUGCUUCAAAUCCAAAUGUUGUGAUAAAAGAAAAUACUGCAAAGAGUAAUAAGGGUGAAGUUGCAAUAGAAUCUAAAAUUGAAACAAAUGGUGCUCAUGAGGGAGAUGAGGAGGAUAAUGCCAAAGAAAAACCUAAAAGAACUCCAUCGAUGACAUCAGCUGUUGGUCCUAAAACAGAAGCAGAACCUGAUCAUGAGACGAAGGCUAAAAGAAAAGAGGAUGAUGUUAAACAGCCUCGCAUGUCACCUGAUCACCGCUUUAUGAAGCUUGAUGAGGAAGUUGGAAGAGGCUCUUUUAAAACUGUACAUAAAGGCUUGGAGAUUGACACAGGCGUUCAUGUUGCUUGGUGUGAGUUACAGGUACAGUACUGUAAAUAAUUAUGAGGCUUACUGACUAAAGACUAGUGCUUGAUUAAAAAUAGAAUAUCUUAAGGGCUCCUUAUUUUGUCUCUAGACUUGAGUUCUUGUACUUGAAUUUUAAAUUCCAUUAAGUAAAUAAUGCUAACCAUUCCAAAAUGUUAUACUUAAGUUUUCUGAACAUAACAAAAAUAGUAUGAGCCUGUUUAAUUAAUGAGUCUAAGUUUCACUGCAGGGUAGAACUCAGUAAAAUUAGUGACGAAAAUCUUUGUUUCUAGUGAAAUGGUGUGAAUCUAAAUAGUAAUAAGCCUCUUGCUAAGUCGUUAAUAAUAUCAUUUCUAAUUCCAUCUCCUUUUCAGGACAAAAGGUGGAGUAAAAGUGACAGAAAGAGAUUUAAAGAGGAAGCAGAAAUGUUAAAAGAGUUGCAGCAUCCAAAUAUUUUAAGAUUUUUUGAUUAUUGGGAAGAGGAAGGAACACAUAGGCAGAAGAUCAUUGUUCUUAUUACUGAACUUAUGACAUCUGGAACUCUUAAAACGUUAGUAAAAUUCUGGUUUUGAUAUUAGGUAAUAGCUACUUGCAUUAAUUCAGGUCAAUUGAUUUAAAAUUUCUUUUAGGCAGUGUUUUCAAAAUAUGCACCUCUGUUCCCUGGGCAAGCCACAUCUUCCUCCGUGUUUGUCCCAUAUUGGUAUAUAAAAUGUUAUAGUUAUAAAAUUGUAAGAGAAUCCUAUACUUUGUUAACAAAAUCAUUAGCAACAUGGAAUUAAGGGAAUUUUUUAGAUAUCAGUAAUGAUAAAUAUACUUCUCGGAGUGGUAAAAGUGUUAUAUUAUAUUUUCUUAUUGGAGCCAACCAGGUCUUUCAGUUUGUCAUAAAAGCUUAAUCUUGCAAAAAUGGAAAUUAGACCUUUUGUGUCUUAUUUGAUUCCAAGGUGUGAAGAAAUGUGCUGUGCUGUAAAGGCUCAUCCAGCAAUUUUUUGUGAUUAAAAAAAAAUGAAUUUUUUAUUUUUACCUGACUCUUAAAUUGAAGUUGGGGGGGGGGGGGGGGGGGGGCGAUUUCACAGUGAUCUUUGAUUUUGAGAAUAAAAUAAGUUUGGGCACCUCUGAAUUAAGUAAAUAAAAAAAAAAUUCCCACUUGCACUGAUAUUGCAAUUGCUGUCUAAAAAUUGUCAUUAUUAAUCUGAAACAUACAAUUUUAAUUUAAUAUUAAACUGUUAUAGAAUUCUUCUACUUGUGAUAUGGAUACUAACGUUUAUACUCUAUUAUUUGUAGAAAUAUGAAUUUAAAAUUGAUUUUUUUAAAUUGACCUUGAAAAAUAUAAGAUAUAAUGAAAGUUACUGCAUGCUUAUUUGUAAGUUUGUGAGUGGCAGUCAUCAGGGAUUAAAAUCUGUAAAUUUGGCUAUUAGAGAUUUAAAAAAGCAAAAAACGCCUGCUAUACAUUAUACAUAUAUUUAAUGAUACUAAACAUAGCUGGUUCUUUUCAUCAUAUAAUCAUUGCCUACCAUAACUGAUUGUGCCAAAGACACACCACAAAUUUCAUUCUUAUUUGUCUGUGUCAAGAAAGCUAUAUAUAUCUUGGAAAGUGACUCGCUUUGCUUUAAUUUAAGUGAUUAAGAUAUAUUUAAACUCUUAUUGUUGAAACACAAUAACCUGUUGUCAUAAACUUACUUGCACAGGUAUCUUGGACGCUUUAAGAAACUAAACUUAAAGGUAUUAAAGAACUGGUGCAAGCAGAUAUUGAAAGGAUUGCAAUACCUGCACACAAGAACUCCACCUAUUAUCCAUAGAGAUUUGAAGUGCGACAACAUUUUCAUCACUGGGACCACUGGCUCAGUCAAAAUUGGUGAUAUGGGGCUGGCGACAUUAAAAAGCAAUUCUUUUGCAAAAAGUGUCAUAGGUAAGAAAAUACAAUUUAGUUUUUGAAAUGUGCUGUUUAUGUAAUAAAUUUCUACUUUGCUGUUCUUCUAUAGGUCGCAAUUUAAAAAUGUAACUUUCAUAGUCAUUUGUAUCUUUUUAAUAACAUUUUUUCCUUGAAGAAAAGAUUUAGGUAAGUUUUGUUAGUCCCAAGGCUUUUGUAUGAAAUGUUAUUUCACUGGACAUGGUUAUUUUAUCUUCCACCACAGGCUUAUGGAGACAUUUUUUAAGUAGAUUUUCUUUCAUUUAUAUUUUGAUAUAUGUUCACACACGUCUUCUUUUGGUAAAACAUUUAGUCUAGAAACCUUAUUUCUCAUCGUUGAACGGGCAUGGAGCUUUCCAUCAAUGUCUUAAACUCAUAUAUAUAUGGUAACAAAAUAAUGACAUUUAAUUUCCUCUUCAUGAACCAUAUUUUCCAAAAAUAUUAGUAAGGUCGGAUCCAUUGUUUCCAAAGGCUUCAAUUCAUAUCACCUGCUACUUGGUUUUUCAUUUUGCAUCAUCUUCUAUUUAAUUCAUAAUUGUUUUUAUUUUCUCUCCCCCCUCCCACUAUCUUUUAAAAUCUGCCUUGUAGCAUCUAUUUCUUGGAGCAUUUGUUGAACUGGCAUCUCAAAGGUAGGACAGAUCUUAUCCCAAUUGUUUUUGUCCUUUUUUGGAUGUUUAAUCUGCAUUCACAAUUUUCAGCGGAAGAUGUUCCAUGCCCAGUUGCAACUAACCUUAGGAAUCCACUCUUUCUCUUUCCCCUUCUAAGGCAGCAAGAGAGUACAAGACGUCCUUUGUAUUCUUUAAGGUACUCCUGAAUUCAUGGCCCCAGAGAUGUAUGAAGAGCACUAUGAUGAAGCUGUGGACGUCUAUGCCUUUGGAAUGUGUAUGUUGGAAAUGGCAUCAUCAGAAUAUCCUUACAAAGAAUGUCAUAAUCCUGGUCAGAUCUAUCGCAAAGUCACUACUGUAAGCUAUUUUUGUAUAUUACUGUCGUUAUUUUCAAACAAAAUAAAUAUAUGCAUCACUCAUAAUUCUUUUCUUCCAAGCUUUCUUUUUACCCCAAAGCUAGCAAUCAUGUCUUAACAACCUUCUUACAAGAACCAUGUAGCCACCAUGAUACUUCUAGCAGGUAAUAAAUUUUAAAAAUACUUUUCAUGGUAGUUUUAUUUAAUGGAUUUUAAAGAUGUACAAUCUUCACACUAACAGGGUGUACACCCAGAAGCUUUGGAUAAAGUGAAAGAUCCAGAGAUACAUAGUAUCAUCGAGGGAUGCAUUCAGACCAAGAAAGAGGACAGGUUAGAUUUGUCUGUGUCAUUUCUGUUUUUAGUAUUAAUAUUUUGUUUUCAGCUAAAGACAAUUUUUGAAAGUGGCUUGGUAUGUUAUAUUUUACUUACGAGGGGUAAGCAAUUUUGUUUGCAAACUUUUUUAAUACAUUCCACCAAAAAUAAAAUACAGGUUGACAGUGAAAGAUCUUCUUGCACAUGAUUUCUUCUUGGAGGACACAGGCCUGUUAGUUGAACUUGUAAGAAACGAGGAUGAAGAGGACGAUACACAAGUUAUUUCACUGCGCCUACGGGUAGUUGAUCCUAAAAAACGCAGAGACACUCACAAAGAAAAUGAAGCAAUCCAGUUUGACUUUGAUCUAGGACAAGAUCAAGCAGAAAAUAUAGCAUCAGAACUGGUAUGUAACUGCUUUGCCAAUGGGUAUUAAAAUUAACCAUUUUGCUUAUUUAAAGUAUAAACAUGAGUGAUUUUAAAAUCUGAAGGACAGCCUUUAUCACAUUAUUAAAGAAGUUACCUCUGUAACGAAGGUGCCAAGCAGAUAAUUAACUAAAAUAAACGACCACAAAUGACAUCUGAAUAGCAUUGGUCUAAUGGUACCCGGGUGCGAAUGGCAGCGCUGCGUGUCCGGGGCCAUUUUGACUAAAUGCCAUUUGAGUGUCAUUUGUGGUAAUUUAUUUUAGUUUUACUGAAGAACUAAGAUUACAAACAUAUAGUCCAUUCAAUUAUCUUUCAUUUGAUACCUCAUUUUGUCUUACAAAUCCAACACAUAUUUUAAAUAGUUUUUUAAUCCCAACCUCAUUCUUCUGGUACCUGGGUACGAAUAGCCACUUCGUUUUAUGAUAGUUUGAACAAUUUAUAGCGUAUUUAGGCUGGGUUGAAUUCAGAAGUUAAGUAGUAAAAUUUUACUCCCUCUGUAUAGGUCAAGGUGAAUAUCAACAUACAUAAUAAAAAAUGCCUUGUCCAAUGUACUUUCAAAAAAAUGUAUACUUGUAAGAGUCUCUGUAUUCAUUUAUUAGUCUGGGAUUUUUGUCAUUUUUGACAAGCGUAUGAAAUAGCUAAAAAUGGCUUGUCGCUAUUAAAAAUUAUUCUUGACAGUUAUAAGGUUAAUCAAUAAUAUGGUAAACUUAAACCGCACAAUCAUAUUUAAACCGCACAAUCAUAUUUGAAGAAAUAAAACUGCAGAAGACAACACCACGACCACCACAUUCAUUUUUUUUUCACAUUUUGAUUUAAAUUUGAUGUUUUUUUGCACUUGAAACAAUCGGUAACUUAGCCUACCAGAUAUUAUGGGAUGUAACUCUUCUUGCCAAAAGUAUUUUUAUUUUACAUAGCUUCUCAUUUAUAAACUUGUCAAAAAAAAUUUUUGCUAGUGUACUUAAAAAUUUAUUAGAAUGAAAUAUUAUUUGAUUAUUUUGGCAUAUAGAGACUUGACAGUUAGGAUGUUUCAAGUAAAAUAAAUAAGUUUAAAUAUUAAUUGUUAUAAAUAGACAUAAUUUUAAAGCUGCCACGUGAAUAUGUUAGUAAUAAUAUAUGCAGGUCAAUUCUGGAUUCCUUUUGGAAGAUGACAAGAGAAUAGUCGCGAAGCAAAUCAGAGACAGAAUCGCUCAAGUAAAAAAGACUCGAGAAAAGACUCUUUCUGAUAACCUACAACAACAGAAGACAGCUGAGGUUUGUAAUCAUAUUUGCAAUUGGAUAUUCAGUUUUUCCAUAUGAUGCAUUUAGUAUUUUUUAAAAGUCAGGUUUUAAUGCGUACGUUAAAUAAUACACAAUUGGAAAGAAGUAUAACAAUUUAUAUAUUUUUUACAGAUCAUUUAUAAUAGUAAAAAAUUCAUUUUUAAACAUGCGCAGCAUAUAUUGAUAUUUUUUUAUACUCGCAGGCAAAUAAUGUUCCUCAAACACCCCAGUCAGCGCAAAUACCAGGACAGCCUUUGACUCUGUCAUCAUCACAGCAACAAUCGGCUGGUUUAAAUCAGCAGGCACAGGUAUCAUCACAUCCCCAACCUCUGACUACUGAUGUUGGUCAAAACUUCAUACCACAGACACCUCAUUCUGGACUGAUACCAAACUCACAAAGUUUAAUUCCAAACUCACAAGGACAGAUAGUUAAUUUACCAAGUUUAGUCUCCCCACUUGUACCUAACACACCCAUACUUCCUCAAAACCAAAAUUUAGGACAAAAUCUUAUACUAACAACCCAAGAAGCCCAAACAAUUGGAUUAAACAAAGGCCCUGGUAUAAGCCAGUCUGUUGGCAGUCAACGACAAUUAGGGUCAGCUCAAAAGCCAGCUGGGCAACUUGUGAGUGUUAAUAGUAUGAAUGCCCAAGGAGUAAUAUCCAAUUCGACACAAAAUGUGGUUGUUCAGGGUCAUACUACAGUAUGCUCGGCACCUUCUGCAGCUCAGCAAAUUGCUAAUCCAAUGUUAGCAAUGUCUAAAGAAGUUGUGAUUUCACAGGGGACUAAUAUGAGUGCUGUCAUCUCUCCACCAAUUCAAAAUCAGGUAUUUGUGCAUCAUGGCUAAUAAGCUGCUUAUGCUUAUAUAUUUUUCCUUUUGGUCUUUUUAGCUAUUUUUUUCUAGAGAAGGAUGAUAAGUUAUUUUUUAAAAUACAAACAAUUUAUUAGAGAUAACUGCUUUUUAAUUUUUCUUUUUAUUAUUAAAUUGUUUGCUUUUAACAGCAAUGCUAUAAUUGGAAAGCAUUUUAUAAUUUUGGCGUUUUUUAUACAUAUAUCAAGGUAUUUUAGAUGAUACACUGUAAUGAAAUUACUUAAUUGCACUUGUCACUUGUUCCACAUUUGAGAACUUUAAAGCACUUUGCUUAAAAAAAUUUUGUCAUACUUUCUUCAAAUUUAUAGAAUUUAACUCAAGUAUCUGUAAAUCAACCAGUGGCUGUUAGUCAGCCCAUUGUUGCAAGCCAACCAGUUAUUGCAAGUCAGCCAGUUAUUGCAAGUCAACCAGUUAUUGCACAUCAACCAAUGGUAGUAAACCAGCAAGUUACUGGGAUUCCAGUUUUAGCAACUGGAACUCAACAGAUAACCACUCCAACCAUUGGUGCUUCUUUUUCUCCUGUUGUGAAUCAAAUGAAUGUUCAAGGAUCUCCAACUCCUAUAAAUCCACUUGCACAACCUGGUGGGGAUGAACAAGGUAUGUAUUAUUCUCAAAUUUUAGUUGGUUUAUUUCAAAAAAAGGCUUUUUCCAUAAUUAUAAUUAUUCUGAUCUUGGGAAUCAUUUUAAUUCUUGUCCCAUUACUUACUAUGUCCAAGUAAUGUUAUUUCCAGUCUUAAGGAAAGAAUUAUAUUUUUUCAUAAGCAGCAUGAGCAGUUGUGUUAACAACUGAUACCAUAUUUUACGGACUAUAUGUCACACCUUUUUUCUUUAAAAAAAAUAAAUUGCUUAAAAAUUAAAAGUGCGUCUUAUAGUCUGUAAAAUACGAUAACUAAAGAAUUUUUAAAAACUUAUUUCAAGUGUAGUACUAAGUGACUUGAACAUUAUUUAUUUUUAUACAGUGAUCAGUGAUAAGGCGGGUGAUACUGGCUCUUGUCCUAGUGACAUCAAUAUUACUCAGAGUGGUUCACAGGUAUGUUUCAUAAAAUGUUACACCACACUAGUGACUUUUUAAUUUUCUUUUAAUAUUGAAAAGUAAGUAAUGAAAAUGAUGUCCUUCAUAAUUGAAGUAUAUUAUAUCUUAUUUCUUUGCUCAGCUUUCAACUACUUCAUCAACUAGUCAUUGUACCCAAGGUGGGGAGCAAACAAAUCAGGUAAUUGUGUUUUCAGCCUGUAAAUGUCUUCUUUUUUUUUUACUGUUCAUUUAAAAUUUUGCUGUAGAAACAUUCCUAAAAGUAAUAAUGCUGUACAAGUUCCAGGAAAAGACACUACAGAGUAAAAUAACUGACAGAUCAAAUGAGAUCUGCUUAUGAAUGGAUUACUUACUAUCAUCUUCAAAAGAUCUCUGUAUUUUACUUUUUAAGAUGGAAGUUUUCAUUUAUUUUUUUUUGUGCUCUCUUUAUAUAAUAAAUUGGUACUAAUAAGUAAAAAAAAAAAAGCUUUGAAAGAUAUACACACAGAGGUUUUCUGUCACUUGCAUGCCUAAAUUGUUCUAUUUAACAAAAAGAGUUCUUACAUUUCUUACACCCUAAAAUUUUUAACAUUUUAAGCUGUAUUGUUUCGCAGUCUCUGUUCUAAUGUGUGAUAGUGUAAGAGAAAUUUUAAUAAGGGAUGCACCAAAAUUUCCAAAUAAAUGGAAUUGUUAUCCACAGAGUAGAAUUACUGGAAUUUAUAGCAAUAGUCAGUCAUUUUUGCCUCAGAGGUCUUGCGGAGAAAUGUGAUUUCUUAAUGAUUUGAAGUAUUGAAAUUAAAUAUUUAAAGAUAUUGGGUGUCGUUUUUUUUACACUUUGAUUUAAUUAAUCCAUUCAAUCCCAGUCACUCGCAAAUUUAAUACUCAGAAUUCGUGGCUAAAUGAAGGAAAUAGCUCUAUUCUUAGCGCAGGCUGUUUCAGGAAAAAAAUGAAUUAACAAAUCUAUCUUGCAACAUAAUUACGUGAAAUAAAUUGAAUGUGCAUUGUAAAAUAAAGGGUUGCUCCAUUUGAAUAAUUUUCAUUUUAUAUGAUAUUGGUUGACAUGAAAGCAAAUGACUGAAUGACAAACGUGAACAACAUUGAAGGAAAAAAAACUGUGUACCUUACAAGAACUUAUAUUUAUUUUAGUUGCGAUUAUUGUGAAAGGCUGCAAAGCAGUUUCCUUGACAUUAAUGAAGUUUGCACACGAGGCAUCCAUAGGUCUAUUGCUCAGCUCUCAAACACUCAUAACAUAUUUUUAUUCUGACAUAAACUUGCUUGACUGAGGCAUUGUGUAGGCAGUUAUGUUUCUGCCAGUUUCAUGCUGUAAGUUGCAGUACAUUGCCUUACAGGUGAUCCAGAUAUGAACCCAUGCAUCAGCUCAAAGGAAAAGUCCAAAUGUAUCUUUGAUUUCUGUCCUGGAUGUUGAGUGGACUUUUUUUUUUUUACACAAUGCGCUAUUUGUGGCAACCCGAAUCAGAAACCAUAGAAGAGACCUACAAUUUGCUACUUCUUCUGAUCUGGAUAUCAGCACGUCCACAAGCUGUUAAAUCGAGAAAACUUGUUUUGUCCUUUUGUCAUGGAUAAUCCAACAUUUUCCAAUUUGUCUAAAUGGCACUCCAGAUUUAGUUGAUUUGUUUAGUUUCAGUUUCUUUAGUUCCUUUAUAUAGAAAAGGGUCUAAUAGUCACAAAUCAUUGUGCGCCUAGCUGAAGUAAGUCCUUGAGAAACUUGAAACCAGGAAAAUAAUUGGCAUUUAAAAAAAAUGGUGAUGCUUUUUAAGAUAAGGAUCACCCAUUGUAAAGACAACCCGAUAUCCCAGGACAUUGGGCAUAUAUACAGCACGUAUAUACAGCAGAUUUCCUAGUUUAAAUAUUGAAAUUUUAAAAAAAACCACUAUGUGGUUCAGCUGCACGCCUCAAUUUGACGCCCCAGGGAGGAGGCUUAUUUUUAAUGCUAAAAAAAUAAUCAUCGGUGUAAUCAACAUGUCUUUGACAAUGGCAAUCUCCUUCUCUUAAUUCACCCUUGUUAAGAAAUUUGCCACAACUGUAUCAAAUAGUGGCCGAAUGGGAUCAUUGUCAGGCUCCCCUCUCAAAAGAAAAUUUGCUUUAAUAUUGAGAUGAAAACAUUGGCCAUAGCUUGAUACCUGUUUCUUUAUAUAACUUUUGACACUGCUGAAACAUAUAGCAGUUCAUUUGUUGACCAAUGCAGUCUAUAAUUGAGCAAUAUAAGAAUGCCAAACAUAAAAACAUCUUGAUGUCUGAGAUGUUUGCAGUCCCCGAUUAGUUGCCAUAACACUGUCCAUAGAAUGCUUCAGGAAUGAACGGUGAAAAAUAUCAUAAGCUGUUUGAGUUUCAUCAGGAUUUAUAUUAUUGCUUGGAAUUACAUGUUCAGUAAAUUUUUGAAGGUCUACAUAUUUGAUCACUCAUGAUCACCAUGGCAGACCUGUUAACUCUUAAGAUUUUGGUUUACAAUGUAUGAUUUUGAGAUGUCUUUUAUGAUUGUACGCGUAGACCUGUCAGAACGAGGAUUUUAUGAGACCGAGUUCAAAAAAUAUAUUCCAUUGGUUUUUAGGAUUUAAAAAAAACAACAAAAAAACGUUUUGGUGCAUGGACAGAGAAGUGCGAUUCGCUGGAGACCAUCCAUAAUUAUAUUACAUAUGCACCGAGAGGGGAAAUGAGGUGGUGUUCACUUUGAAGAGUGUGGGGGGGGGGUGCAAUGGGAGGGGGUAGGUGAAGUGUCUAAAUAUAUUUAUAGGCUAUAUAUAACACAUUUUGUAAUGAGCAUCAUAUUGUUGCUUUGUUUUCACAAUAAAUGUGAAAUACAGUAAUAUUUAGCACUAUUGACAAAUUUAGUAAACAUUUGCUUUGGUGCAGUAUGAAGUAAUUUUAUGACAUAAUUAUUUCGUACUUUAGCUGAACAGCAGCGAUUGUUAAAAUAGAGAAAACUACAGGUUUUAAAAAAAAAAAAAAUUUUAACUGCCCAGUACAGUAGCUUUAGAUUCUGACAUAUUUUAUAAGAUUCUAGUAAGUGCCAUUUUACAUCUGUUUUUAGAAGUCACUAAGAUGUGGUGCAAUAUAAAUACACCAGCACUCCUCUUCCCAAUACAGCUUAUGGUAGUUAUUAGACUACAAUAUGUUAACAGUAAAUAAAAUCUGGCUACUAGACUUAAGGGCAGGUUAAACCCCUAAAAUCUUAAUUUAAAAAAAAUUUUUUUUUUUAGAAAACUGCUUAUCUGUAAAGUAUAUUCAUUUCCAAACACAAUGGUACUUUUUAUUUUGUAAAUAAAAUAAUUUUAAGUAAAUUUUUGACAUGUGCAAGGUAUAAUCAAAAUUACCUUGGUUGUUAAAACAGGAUAUCCCUUGCCAAAAAGAGUUUUCAGCCAAUCACAGUGCUUCUUUUAAAACGCUGGGCCUACCGAUGUUGUUCACAUUUUUCAGCAGUGCAUUCACAUGUUGUGGAAGUAUUUCUAAAUUCUUGGAUUUUUCUGUUAUGCGCCAGAUGGAUUACAAAUGAACUUAUUUCUUCAUUCUAUUAGCAAUUAUUUUCAUUUUUGGAAUAAACUCUUAUUUGAAAUAUAGUAAUAUAACUUUUGGAGUGGUAUGCGCCAUUUUGCUGUACUCUACCCUUUUUUGGACUGAUUUUUUAAAAAGUAGUUUGAAAUAAGUUUUACUAAUUAGGUAAAGGGAGCGUCAUUUUCAACAAGCAUUACUAUUAUGUAAAAUGAUGCAAAAGUAUAUUGAGGUAUGCACAAAAGUGGAUCCCUGCAUUUUGAAGUUAUAAACAAAAUUCUGGUAAAGGCGCUCAGCCUCCUCACCAAACCCCACUUCCAAUUUUUGCUGGGGGGAGGGGGGUGGACGACGACACUUCAGCAGGCGUCCUCAAUGUCCCCAUCACAUCUUUGUCUAUCAAUGUUGCAAUUGAGUACCUUUUUAUUUACAAUAAUGCACUGUAUAUAAAAAUACAAAUGUCAGUAAUCUACUUCGGGAAAUGACCUUUAUUAGACAUGCGAUUUGAAUAGUUAUUGUACACAUACUGUAUGUUUGUUGAUUUACUUGACAUCUCAGAAUCGUGCAAUACGAUUUUGUAAUAAGUACUUUUCUGACUCUGGAUUGUACUGUUUUGGGAGUUCCAGUGUAACCAGGUCUGCCACGGUCAUCAUCCUCAGUGACUUGACCAACCGCCCCAGCCAUAUCCUGGCCUCAACUUAAAAGUAGUGCUAAGAUCUUGAUUUAUUUGGUAGUAAGCUCCCAUGCCCUUACCUAGUCUUGUUAAUUUUGAGAUUUCAAUGUUAAAGGCGAAAGUAAGUUCUGUGUAGCAAUGCCUGAGCAGUAUAUUUUGUGGCUGGGUUUGGCUGUUACGAUAUUGAGGUGGCAAUGACCGGAUGUGGUGAGGUGGCAAUGACUGGAUGUGGCCAUUCCGGGGUUAAAUAGGUUUAUUUAAAAAAAAUUAAUCUUUAAAAAAAAUUAAAAAACUGUUUAUCUGUUAAGAAAUUUUAUAUUUAAACCGAUUAUUCUUUUAUGGACCUCAUAGACAUUAGGUGCUUUUUAUAAUUAAAUAAAAAAAUUUCAUUAACCUGUUGUGAAAAUUUUGAUUCAUGCAAACAUUUACUACCGAUUGCACCAAGAGUUAAAAAGCUUAUAGUCAGUGGUCAAUGGUUUUGAAAAGAACAUUGCUUGGUGCAUCCCUUGAUAAAAUUUUUACUGUCAAGUGUCAAUAGUAAAUUGCAAGGGGAAAAAAUUAAAAUAACAUAUCCUUUGAUUUGGGAAUAAUUUCUUUACUUUCAAAAGUUAGUAUAGCUCUCAACUUUUCACAUCCGAUCCCUUUGCAAUCCACAGCUGAAAGUUAAAUGCAGAUUACGAGAAAAGGUGUGUUAGGUUGUUUUUUUUGUUGUUUUUUUUUUAGUGUGGCAUGGUGUGUUUUAAAAAAACAUUAUGUUUAAAACACUUUCCUGCUAAUUAAUAAAAGCACUUUUGCAAGUAGAAAGCUUCUCACUUUUUAGUAUACUGCAAGCAUUAGUCCUGAAUAGUGCAUAGUUUUUUUAUGUUUUUUCUGGUCAUUUAAUGUGUUUAUAAAUUAGAGACUUCUCCCAAUUUAUUUUUAGAUUGACAUGGUAAUUUUUCAACAAUAGUACAUAUUUCAUUAUAAAUAAAACUUAAAUAUAUAUUAUCUUUCAUUAAUUCACUUUGCAGAAUCUACAGUUAUAUACUUUAGUAUCUGUGUUUUUAAUCUAAAAAUUAAUUAUCAUGAAAAUUGGUUAAGGAUGGAGAAUUAUUGUGAUUUGAUAUUUUUAGUUAAAAAUAUUCUGUUUUGGAGUACACUGUAAGUUUUUACAAAGAUAUUUUUCAUUUUUGUAAAGAAUGACGCAUGUGUUUCCUACAAUAUAAUUGUGACACAUUAAAGUGAUAUUAAAUAAAUAAGUAGAUCUAUAACUUUAGUUAUAUUAAAGUCUAGAAACUAAUGUUUUAUUUUAGAAUUAUGAGCCAUGGGAUAACUCAUUGUUAAAUGUCAAUUGUACGGCAUGCAAAGUUAAUGUGCAAUCAUUUCAUUUAUCAUUAAUUUUUCUUAGAACCAAGUAAUAAUUUUAAAAUGAUGUUAUUUAAACUCUGGGGUUUAAUAAUGUUUACGAUAUAAUUUCUGAUAUAGUUAACAAAUUUGUGUUUGUAGGUUUUCUAAAGAAUAUUUUUUAUUAUAAUUUUAUAUACAGGCUGCAAAUCUCAGUCAACUUGAUCUAAAUGCAGCUCAGCACUAUCAACAACAGAGUUCUAACCAACAAACAGGCAAUAAUUUGAUUUCAAGUACAUCCAGCAUUCAGCCAACUGCCACACAUAGUGCAAGUGGUUUAACUACAAGCUUGUCUGCCUGCUAUCUUCAUGAUGAAUCUUCUCAUUCCAAUAGGGAUAGGUAGGUUUGAAUUUAUGACAUUUACUUAUUAUGUAUUGUUCAUUACAAUUAUCAAAUGGGGGAAAUCAUCAGUCACAUUUUAUUGUAUUUACCAGUAUUUUGGGUGACUUUCAGCCACCACCAUUGAAAUAUACUUUGUGCAGCCUAAGUUUGAUACAAAUAUCUUCAGUAUGAGAAAAUAGUUCAAAAUUUGACAUACUGGUAAAUACAAAACAUGAAGGCUUAAAAAAAUGUAUAUAAAAGCAGCAGUAGGUGCAUCACACACUUUUUCCAUGCACAGUGAAACAGAGCUGGGUCAAGAAAAGACUAAGAAGAAGACCCGUCGUCGUAAAAAGACUUCGGACAAACACCCCCCAAAAGUGACAAUCAUCUCUUUUGACGAGGCUUCAGACGAAGUGGAAAUUCUGCUAGAAGUGGCAAACAACAAUCUGACGUGCAAGUUUCCCCGCAGCUCUAUUCCUAGGCCAGAGGAAGUUGAGGAAGACUUGGUAUGGAAGAGUUGCUUUCUGCAACUUCCUUUCACUGAAAGUGGGAAACAAAAAAAAAAUGUUAACUUUUCUUUGUUAAACUUGUUACACGCAUGUUUUGUUUUGUUUUUGUGCAUUUCUUGAGUGAAAUUUAAUUAGCUUGCAACUUUCAGUUGAACUCCUGGUAUUUCUGAUCCAAGAGCUGAGGAGGCUUUGAAAGAGAAAUCUUGGUUGGUAACACUGCAAUGUCUUGCUACUUGUUUGUUUUUGUAAACAAAAGAUUUUUAUAAGGAGCAAUGGAAAAUUGUAUAUUAUUUAGGGGGCUACAAUUUAUUUUUUUGACAAUUCCUUUUUCUUAAAAUGAUAAUAUAUUUUAAUUUCAUUUCAGCUACCAGAUGUCAGUAAAGCUCAGAUUGAUGGUGUGACUGGUUUGCUUCACCAAGUUAUAUUAAUUGUAACACAAGAAGGGACGAAGUCUGUUGGGCAAGUGCUCACCCUAUCUCCUUCUUCUAGUCCAACAGCUAUUCGCAAAUAUAAGAUCAAUAUUGAAAAUAAAAAGGUAACCUUUAAUAAAGUGCCUUGAUCCCUGUUUGUUUUUUUAUAUUAUGUUCGUAUUCCAGCUUCUCCGUAAGUUCAAUAUUUCUACUUCCUCAUGGCAAUUAUUCCAUUAUUAUUUUUACCUUUUUUCACAUCAUACUUUUAUAUUAAAGUAUAUAUGGAUAUUAAGAAUUUUUGCAUCAUACUGUGCUAUGGCCAUUAUUAAUAAAUCUUCUGGAUAACUUCAGAUGCUUGUGCAAUUAAAAAGUAGUAUUUUUUAUUACAGAAAAUAGCUUUUUCCAUUUUAUAAUCAGCAGUUGCAUUAAAUGAUUUAAUCCCCUUUUCAGUCACUGACGGAGGGAUCUCAGGGCCAGGAAGUAAGGGCUCAUGCUAAUAAAGGUGGUCUGAUUAUCACGCACCAUGUCUCAAACCAAAUAGUCGAAGACGAACCAGAUGACGCCACAACUUCUCCAGAAAACAAUCCUGAUUAUAACAACACCCAAACAGGUGGCAUGCCUCAAGAUUUAGAACAAAAAUCUUGGAAGUCUACAACAACAAAAGAAAGUGUACCCAUAAAUAUUGAUGAGUUAUCUGAAAAGCUGAAGUCUAUUUAUCCACAAAAGCCAUCUUGUGGCACAGCUGCAGGUGUUGGUCUAUCAACCGAAUCACAAACUGCUUCAGUUAAACCGGCUGAUGGGAAUUCCCAAUUGCAAAUGCCCUUGCAGCUGCCUCUACCACCUCAAGUUCAGGCAUCAGUUGGGGCUGUGAAUCAACAGCAUUCAGGUCAAAAUCAGCCAGGAUCAGUGUCAUAUCCUCCUUGUCAGGGCUCAAUUUCAGCUAAUGUUCAACCAGGGGGAACUCAGUCAAACCAAGUAGCAUCAGAUAUAGGGAAGUCAAAUGAAACUCAGGUUUCACCACAUAAUGCUGUGCAAGCUUCCUCUGCUCAAGCAGUUCCUCCAACUCAAGCAGUUCUACCAACUCAAGCAGUUCCGCCUACUCAAGCAGUUCCGCCUACUCAAGCAGUUCCGCCUACUCCGGCAGUUCCGCCAACUCAGGCAGUUCCGCCAACUCAAGCAAUGCCACCCAUUACAGCUCAGCAAAUGCAAUUUUCUGGAUUGCAACCGCAGAUUCCUGUGGUUCCUCAAGAUUUAGGGCAACAUAUAGCUGUACCUCAAUUAGCACAGAAUGUCCCAAUACAACAGAAUGUUUCAGUUACCCAUACUAUUCCUGUUCCUGAAAAUCCCCAAAUCCCCCAAAAUGUUCCCGUCCCUCAGAGUGUCCCUGUCCCUCAGAGUGUACCAGGGCCAGAUUCUUCAAAAGCUGGAAAUUUACCUCAAACUUACAAUGCACCUCCUACUCAUAUGAACUAUGGCAUGCAUCCAGCAUCACAGAUGCAGCAAAUGCAUCAACUGUUUGGUAUGAUGCAACAUAUGAUGCAUAUUCCACCUUACAGUUUUCACCAACCAAGCUACUACUCACACAUGACACCCUACAUGCAAGCCAUGAUGCAGAUGUCACACAUGAUGCACCAGAUUCAGCAGCAACAGCAUAGUCAACAUUCUCUCCCCGUCCACAUGCCUUUUCCUUAUUCUAAUUAUUCUGGUUGGGGAUAUCCCUAUUCCCUUCCUCCCCAGUCUUCCUCACACCCAUUAGAUAAUGCAUCUGCUCCAACUACUGUAUCACCACCCCGAUCACCCACAUCAUCAAGAAGAAAUCUUGGACAAGAUAUUUCCAGUCAAUCUCCCUAUGCGUCGAUUGAGAACCUCAGUGUAAUAGGAAGAUCUAAAGCAGAUAUUAACAUUUUGGAGCAGGCCUUGGCUAAAACAAUGGGUAGGCAGAAUGCAGGCCAUCCACAUCAACACAAUCCUUCACCUGUAAAUAGUGGUACAAACCUUAAUGAUGUACAAAAUGAGUCCAAACCAGCAGAUACAAACAUAGAUCCCACAGAAGUGAAAGUGAAAAUUGAAGAAAAAUCUGUGUUAGAGAAAGCAACACUUUCUGAGCCUUCUCCCUCAUUUCCAACAGAAACAAGAUCAGAGCCAGAUUUAUCUGCUCCAAAAGUGAAGGCAUUAUCUCGUUUUAAAGUAGAGGCUGUCAAGGAUGACCCACUGAUGUCAGAGAAAGGGGAUGAAGACAAACCAGAGUUAUUACAGAGAGAAAAUUCUAAAAAUAAUCUUGUUGAGACAAAGAAGAUAGAGAAAAAAGGAAGAUUUCAAGUUACCAAGAUUUCAGCUGAUCCAGAACCUUCUACGUCUUCAGAAGGAACAUCAACAGAUGCUACCCCAUCAGCUUCAAUUAAUACUAAUCCUAUUACCACUGAGCAAUCUUGCAAUAAGCAUGAGUUUACUGGUCCUAUAUCUCAUACUACUAAUUCCAAUACAGAUGGUGAAGGGGCUUCAGAUGAUGCUAAACAGUCUAAUGUAAGUAGUUUUUUUGCCCAGAGAAAUAACAAGGCAAUUAAUUUAAAUUUACCCCAUCCUAGACUUUCAGAAUCUGAUAACUUAAAUGCAGGACCAAGGUCACUGUGUACAUCACCUAUUUUGGUAAAUCUUGAAAGAAGGGGUAGAUCAGUUUCACUUAGCCAUUUGACCAGUGGCAAGAAAACCUCAACCCAUCCAGACACUUGUCAUAAUCUUUGUCAUAAAAACCAUUUUGUAGGUGAAGGGAUAAAUAAUUUCAGAUUUAUGCCAAUAACGCUUAACUCUGUGCCAAUAUUAUAUCCAACUACUAAAUGCAUGCAAGGGGAUUGUCAUUUCCCUUUUGAAAACUUAACUCACAUAGGCUAUAAACAACCUCUAGUCUCUCCAGCCAUGGAAUCUAAAUUUAAACAGGUAUUAUGAGCUAUUUAAGUCACUGUUAAAUUGGAUGCUUUACUUUAGACAAAUAAAUGAAUAACUUCAAAAAUAAUAGUUUUGAUCUAAAGAUGUUAGUUAUUGUCAUAUUGUUGUACAAGUUCAAAGUAUAAAUAAACACAAUAUUUAAAACAAUAACAAUUUUAUAAACUUUUUUGGACAAUGCAAGUAUGGUAUAAAAGAAUUUUGAUUCAAUUAAAAAAAUUUUAAGGAAUAUUUAUUUAGUUUACAAAUUUGUAGACCGAAUUUUUUUUAAUUGGGGCAGAAAGCAUUUAAUUUUCCACUUAAAAAAGGGGGGUUUUGUCAUUUUUAGAAUUAGUAUUUUUCAUCUGGUAUACAUUACAAGUUUAUAUUAAAAGAAAAGUUUAUGAGUUGGAUUUUACUUUGCAAAUGCUCUAUACAUAUUAUAGAAUAUCAAAAGAAAUCGUAUCUAAUAAAUGGAGAUUAUAGCAGAAUGUUUACAAAUAUUUAGCACAUAAAACCCACCUAAGAGAUUAAAUGUGUUUCAUUUCCAGAACUGUGACAGAGAUACUAUGCUGGAUCCAAAACUGAACCCAGAGAAAAUAAAGAAUGAAUUUGCUGCUCUUGAUAUGGAUGCAGAAUACCAAUCACUUCUAAAUAAGUAAGCAUUUUUAAAACUGCAUUAGUCUUUACAGUAUAUGGUUUCCCAAUCAUGGUUACUCGUUCUAUAUAUGACUUUUAACUAAAUAUUUCAGUGCAAUAAGUUUAAAGAUUAACAACUCUCUGUAGAUUGAUUUGAUCUUUAGUAAACUACUUCGAAAAACUUAAUUAACUAAAGCUAUCAUAAAGCCAUCAGAAAAUUUUUAAUUUGAAUCAAUUUUUUUUCCUUAUUUUGUGACUUCCCUGAUUGGCUGUGCUCAGAGUAUCAAAGUAGCUAAAUUGAAAAAUGAAAUGUUAGAUUGUCAUAUUUUAUAAGAUAGUUGUAGCAGUUGAAAACCAUUCUUCAUAACAGUAAAAGAAAUUUUAAUAUGAUUGGUAACAUCAGCUGGCCUAUAUUGCGAUUUGCACAUACACAAAUUUUUUAAUUAAUAUUUAUAGCAGAAUACAUUUAUGGAAAGAGCAGGGGGCUCCACCAGUCAUCUAUUUUUGUAAAUGCAAGCAAGUACCUGCAUAUAGAUUACACUGUAUGCAGUGGUUUGGCUAGGGGUGGGUCAAGAUUUUUGCUGCCUCCUUACAGUUGGCCUAAAAAUAAUUUUCUAUUACUUACACUAGCAUCUUAUUAAAAUCGGCCGGCUUAUGAUCGGGUUAUACACUUUUUAGGCUUUUCUCAGCUAAAACUAAGGUUGACUUAAGAACAAGUAUAUACCAUACAUUUGUUUAAUAAUGGUCCUAUUUUAAGACUAAUAAAAUAAAGUUUGUUUUUAAAAUAUAAUUUAAAAGUAAUUGUGGUAUUUGGGCAUUGAAUAAAGUUUUUGAAUAAGUAAGUAAACUACAUUUCUGCUAAUAAUCAAACAAUCUUCUUUUUUUUUAUCCCUCAGACACAUUGAAGAAAAACGAGACUACCUAAUCAAGAAAGGAUAUGACCAAGAAGUGAUUGACUUUGAGGUUCUUAAAAUUAGACAACCUCAUCCUCUUUUGUCCAAUGCUGUUGGGUCACCAGCUUUCUUGGGAGUUUCUCCUCCUUUUUCUAACCAAUCUUCCUCAUCUCCUGUUGGCUUAUUCCAUAUUGGGGAUCAAAACUUUGAUGGAUGUGCCGAAGCUGAAGCACCUGCUUUAGGGAAAUCUCCUCUCCAGAUAGAUGCUAACAUCCAAGAAAUGAGGUCAAAAUCCAGUAGCGGAUUUGCAGACCUAAUGAAAUAUGUGGACUUCACCAUGCAGUCAAGUAGUGUUCAGCAAAAAGCAGAGAUGAAAAAAAAUUUAAAUGACCAAAGGCAGGAGCUGGAAACAAGAUGGGAAACACAUUAUGACAGUGUGGAUUCAAGUGGUGUAGGAAGUGCCAGCACAGAUUUUACAGAUGUCAGUCUUGAUCAUUCUUCUACAAAUAGCCGCAAAUCGAGUGUAGACAUGUCAUCACAUGGCUCUUACCCAGAUUUAAUUCGGAGCUAUCAGCAGUACCAGACAAAUAUGGCACAAGCUCAACUGUCAUCAACUAGUCAGCAUCAAAACCAGAACAUUUAUCAACCUCAGCAAUCUUCACAUCAAUCCCAAAUGCCCUCCCAUGCCUUUAAUCCUUAUUAUGCUAAUCAAUAUGGCUUUAAUAUGAAUCCCUAUAGUGGCUACCAAACAUUCCCAAUGAAUGCAGCCAACCAACAGGCUGCCCAGCAAGCUGCUUAUCAGGCCAGUAUUAAUUCCGCUUUCACCCAUUACAUGGGAAACAGUGGUGCUUUUAACUUGCCCCAAGGAAUCCAGCCUCAGCAAACCAUGACAGAUGCAUCUCGUCAGACUGCUUCCAAGCCAUCUACUGUAGGUGCUCAAGGCACAGCAUCCAUUCCUAAUUCAGUAACUUCUGUUAGUGGGAGCCAUAAUUUACCACUUUCUAGUAAUCAACCUAUUGCAACAGUUGCAACUAAUUUGUCAGGUACUUCUGCUAGUGUAGUCCAACCAACUGCUGUCAUUAACAGCACUGCAGUUGGGAGCAAUGCUACCCCCAUUUCGGCUACACUACAGUCAGUUCCAUUGGGGUAAAGAUGGUGAAUUUCACCAUAAGUCUUUCAUUCUUUGAACAUUCAACUUGCCUUUGGCUUCAUUGUUUUGUGUUUAUCUAUUUAUUCUCAAGAAAGCUCUCUCUUUCAGUCUAGCUGUUCAUUGUCUUUCGAGGAUAAUUGGGUUUUGAAAGUUUCAGUGUGUAAAAUGUACAUUUUAAUUUUGAUUGCCUUUUUUUUUUUAAAUUUUGUGUUUGUUAUGUUUAUAUAUGUAUAUAAUAAUUUUUUUGGAGACAAGCUGAUAAUUGAAAUCGGCUGUGAAUAGAUUAUGGUGUUCUAACCAUUGAUAACUGCUUUCUGCAUGUUCAAACAGUAUUAAGGCAGUUAUUCUAUAAACAGCCUUUAGUAACUAUUUAUAUAAUCUCAAAGUCAUGAGAUUUACUUAACAUUAAACAGGAACAAUCACUUGUCUGAUAUUUUGUACAUGAUCAAAUUUAAUUUAUUAGCAAUUGCAAAAAUCAAUGCCCUGCACUGUAUGGAAUAGUGCAAAGUGCAUGCACUUAUUUAAUGAUUUGCUUUUACUCAGUUGCUAUAAUAUGAUGUUUAUGAUUUCUGCAGAAUAUUUUGACAAUACAACAUAUUAUGUUUUGUUUGCAUUUAAGUAGGUUGAUUCAGAUAAAGUUUAUAUAUUUCAAAUUGUUACACAGCUAUGAAUAUAAGAAAAUAAUCCCCUUAAGAGUUAGAAUAAUAUUAAUUAACAUUGUCACUGAUGACUUGUCAUUUAGUGAAAGGGAAUAUAUGGGAUAAGUACCAUAUCCAAAGACCCUCCUUUUUGUUUUUGCUUGCAAAAUUUCAAGUGUCUUGCACUUUCUAAAAUAGAUGUUAUGAGGAAUAUCGAUUGUUGGGAAAAAAGAUUUCAAAGUUAAUAACAUGUUGCAUUGCAUCAGUUCAGUGUUUUGAUAAGAAUAAAUUUUAAUGUGUAAUACUAUUUGUCUCAUGCUUAAAUUCUCGGCUUAUUUCUAGAAACUUUGUACUUACAUAGAUCGGUGAGAAUGUCUUUAUUUUAUUUUGGGAAAUAUACAGAAUAUUUUGCUGCUUAAUCCUUCUGCCAAAGAAUGAACAAUUUAUAUGAGACUUGGAAAAAAAUAGACCUUAUAAGAUCAAAUGAUUUUCUGUUUAAUAUUGCAUUGCAUGCAUUUUCCAUGGUAACUAAAAGUGCAGUUCUUACCAUUCCAGAGUUAAUAUUCCUUAAAAAGUUAAAAUUUUAAAGUCAUGUUCAAGUCUAUAUUACAUAAUUUAUAAUCAAUUUUGCUGAAGCUAACACAAAAAUUGUAGCUCAUUGUAGUCCAAAAAAUGUUUAAUUUUUCAUGACAUUCAUUGUACUUCAAUAUCAGACAGUGGAAAUUAGGAAAAACAGUAUUCAUAAAAAUGUAAUUUAAAUAAUUUUGAAUAUAACAAGGCAAAUUUUUUUGUCAUUUAUAUUUGUCUCCAGAAAUUUUAAUAAUGUUUCAAAACCACAAAAUCUGGUUAGUUUUGUUAAAAAAUUCAGAAUAAGUCAAUAAUUGUCAUUUUGCUGGUGGAUUUUUUUUAUCUGCCAUAGCAAGAUGCGUUUUUUCAAUUUAGAUAACACUGAUUAAAGUAACAUAUUUCAUUAAAUGAAUCGACUGUCAAGUUCAUUGGUCAUAAGAAAGGGAGGGAGUCACGGUAAUUAAAGUUUCUCCUUUAGCUAACAUGUGAAAUGAUGAUUUAUUAUUUCAAAAAAAUUCUGCCACAUUUAAAAUUGCAAGUUGCUUUAGAAAUUGUGUUUUCGGGGUAUUUCACUAAAUUUAAAACUUAAGCAAACGAUAUAGGAUCAUUUAUUUAUUUUAAUAGAUUUGCAAUUCAUAGAAAUUUCAGUGCUCUGAGUGCAACUUGCAUUUUUGCAAAAUUCAUUGCCAAUAAAUAAAUGGACCCUUAGUAGUAUUUGUGUAAAUCAAAAUUGAAAACAUCUAGUCACCUUUAAAAUGUGUAUUAAUUAAAUGUUUGUUCCAUGAAAUGUUUUUAAACCUGCCUAGAUAUGUAGAUAUUCUUAACCCUAAAAACAAGUUAACAAUAAAUGCCUGGUUCCAUUAUUAUUUACUUGGCAUACAUUUAUUUUAAAAUACUGGCUCUUCACUAUUUUUAAUAAAUGCAGAACCCAAAGAUUUGUAUUUAAAAAAAAAAAAAAAUGAAGGCAUUAAAUAAUCUAGUUCAGUAUUGUGAUUAAAAUAUGGUGUAUUAACCCUUAUUAAGCAUAAAAAAAAAUUGCUUCAUAAAUGCUCAUGUGGUAUUUAUAACAGUUCAAGUAUUACAGAAAGCAAAUUUCCUUUUUUUUCCUUUUUUUUCUUCUCCUAUGCAGAGAGUAAGUAGGACGUAGGAGUUAUGUCAAAUUAACGUUAUUUCUCAGUUAAAUAAAGGUAUGGUUAUACUUGAAUAUGAACUUUUCCAUUUAUAAUUAUUAUUAAUGCAUAUACAUUGUAUAUAGAGAAGGACCAAUUUAAAAGAAACAUAUACAUGUAUUGACCGUUGUCAAGAUGAGGAUUAGUGUUCUUUCCCUUUACACACUCAUGCCUCCUUUAUAGUUAUUUUCAUCACAUUUUUCCUUGAUAUUAUUUUUAAUUGAAUUUUAAUAGUAUUAUUUUAUAUUAAAGCAAAGCAAAUAACAGGUGUCCAUUAUUUUGUCUGUCUAUCCAUGAUUCUGCGUAACAGAACAGAAGAAAAAUUCAUUUCUGCAGUGUUGAAUUGCAUAUGAAAAUUUAAUUGCAUCACAUCCCAUCUCCACACUGCACAGGCAUGUGUUUUUUUAGGUUUCUUUUCCUGUUCCAAAUGUAGUUUAUAAAAUGGAUGCUUGCAUUUUCAAAUAAUCUUUAACACCUGUACAUUUCUGAGCUGUGUCAGUAAUUGAAAUUAAUAUUGUAGAUCAUUUCAAAGAGUUUUGAGAAAGACCAGAAAUUUCUCUGAAGCUAAUAACAGCUAUUAGAAAAUGUUGACACUGUUGGAAGAAUAAAUAUUUAUGACUGUAAGCAAACGUAAGAAAUCAUUGUUUGUGCCUUGAUAUUUUUCUCUCAUUUAAUAGUUUCUUUUCUUAACUUUUUAUGUUGCAAAACUCAUCCGUAGUUGUCUUGCAAUGAUGCCACUUGUGACAAGUUAUUGUCAAUAACAUUAUAUAGCCCUCUAAAAUGUAUGUUCUGCUUCAUGCCACGCUAACAGGGACUCCAACUCAUAGCUUCAAGGUUGUGGUUUUUCUCAAUGAUGUUCUCUUAAAAUCUACGCAAUAAGACAUUACUAAGUAUCUUUCAAAAUUCUGUCAUUGCAGUCCAUUUCUUUGACAUCCUAGCGUGUGUUAAAUUAUUAUCGGUACGAAUUUCAUUGCAUUUAUGAGUCCUAAAUAAUAUAUACUGUUUGAAUAGUAAUUGGCCUUUUAACUUAAAGGGGGAAAAAAAUGAAAAUUGUUUAUUUUUAGGAUGUAUGUUGUUUUGAUGAAAUACAACUUAGCUGUUACUUUUAAUAUUGACUCUGCUUUAAUACCUGUCUUGCAAUAGUACAAAGUUUGUUAAUGAAAGUUUCUCUUGUCUAGCCAAGAUUCUUCCCAACACUCUUCCCUAGGCCUAAUUUAUUUUAUCCAGAAAUGAUUAACACUCUGGAACCUUCCAUCUAAUCUAAAUUUGCCAAUUAACAUUGUGAUAAAAAAUUAAAAAUACUAAUGUUCAGUUUUGUAACUUAAUUAAGCAGAAAAAAAUUAUACUAGAUGUGUCAAUGAGAUCACCAAGUUUGCCCAUUGGUAAAAUAUAGUUCAAGCAUGCAAUUUUUUUUAAAGAUGGGCAAUGAUAAGUUGUUGGCUUUUUUUUUAAUGUCUGGCAUAUUUAGGAAAUUUUUGCAUAUUCAUUUUGUGAUAUUCAAUAGUCAGAAAAUAAAAAUAUAUGUAUAAAUAAGAAAAUUAGUAGAUUAUAAAUACAAACCAAUGCAGACAAAAAGGUAGGUUAACGCUUUUGCUCAAUCAAGUGAUUCAAUGUAUUAUUUAAUAAUGAAUGUUGGGAUUUCAAUGCACAAUAAAAAAUGCUAUUAAAAUUGUUGAAAUACUCAUUUCUUUCAAAAACAAAGUCUGUUAUAUUUGUGUGGAACUGGAAUUUGCGAGCGAAAAGAAAUUUAAUUUAAUAUUUUAAGUUUAUUGUAAAUCCAAUUAACUUUAUUCUGGUGUGUUUUUGUUAGUUUCAUAUUUGUAAUUUAUGUGC